UUUCCUUUCUUCACCCAACACCAAAUCAUAAGUGUUCAGUAGUAGAAAUGGAAUUCAAGUCGAAAGCACCAGCUGAUUGCUUCACGAUCCUGUAUUUUGCAGCUGCCUCUACAUUCACAGGCAAGAAGACAGAGCAUAUUCCCGCACCCGUCCGCAUUUGCGACCUUUUCACGAAGCUCGAGGGUACAUACCCUGGGAUCAAGGACAAGGUGUUGAGCAGCUGUGCUGUGACUGUCAACAUGGAAUAUGUGGACCUAGAUGACGAGGUCUCGAGUACGGACCAGGAGAUCAAAGCAGGUGAUGAGGUUGCUAUCAUCCCUCCCGUGAGCUCAGGCUGAGGCUCAAGCUGAGGCUCGAGGAUGUGAUGAUGCAAGGAAUGAAGUCACGGUAAACGAUAUAUGAUACACGAUUGAUAGACUAGACCAGGGUCAAUGUCUAUUCGAAAUGCAUACCCACUCCAUCCUGAGCUCC